UCGCUCAAUUUUCAUCUCGCGAGAGUUCGUCCAAUUGCUAAUGAUGGAUGUCGGUGGGAAUGGUGGUGGUCCACCUGUAAACAAUAAACAAAGAGCUAUGCUGCCCAAUAAAGGCAGGGGAGAAUUUCCUCGGAAUUCAAGAAAAGACUCAGAGGGAAUGUCUGAGUUGCCGGAUCUCGAGUUUGAAUAUUCUGACACAGACAAGUGGGCUGCAGAGCUGUCAGAACUUUACAGUUACACUGAAGGACCAGAAUUUGUUCUUAACAGGAAGUGCUUUGAGGAAGAAUUCAGAGCUCAUGUGUUUGAUAAGAAGUGGACGGAGCUGGAUGCAGCUCAGCACAGGGCUCAUGCCUUGCGUCUCCUGGACAGUCUGGAGGUCAUCACUCGUGAGAAGAGACUGAAGGUUGCUAGAGCUAUUCUGUACAUGGCUCAGGGAACCUUUGGAGAAUGCAGCUCUGAGGUUGAGGUGCAGCACUGGAUGAGAUAUAACAUAUUUCUGCUACUUGAUGUUGGGACCUUCUCUGCUCUGGUGGAACUACUUAACAUGGAGAUCGAUAACAGUGCCGCCUGUAGUAGUGCAGUCAGAAAACCGGCCAUCUCCCUCGCCGACAGCACCGAUCUCCGGGUGCUGCUUAACAUCAUGUACCUGAUGGUGGAGACGAUUCAACAGAACGACCCGGCCGACAAGCCUGAGUGGAAAAUCAUCAGGGAAACCUUCAGAGCAGAGCUGGGAUCUCCUCUGUUCAACAACGAGCCCAUUUCUGUCAUGCUCUUUGGGAUGGUUACCAAGUUCUGCAGCGGCCAUGCUCCUCACUUCCCUAUGAAGAAGGUCCUUCUGCUGCUGUGGAAGAGCAUCUUGUUCACUCUUGGAGGGUUUGAGCAGCUUCAGAGCAUUAAGGUCUGCAAGCGUGAGGAGCUGGGCCUUCCUCCUCUCCCGGAGGACAGCAUUCGAGUCAUUCGCAGCAUGAGGGCAGCAUCUCCUCCCGCUUCUGCGUCCGAUCUGAUUGAACAGCAACAGAAGCGGGCCCGGCGGGAACACAAGGCUCUGAUCAAACAGGACAACCUGGACGCUUUCAAUGAAAAGGAUCCCUACAAGGCCGACGACUCUCGCGACGACGAGGAUGACAACGAUGACAAUGACAACUCUUUGGAGCCGGAGACUUUUCCUAUAGAAAGAGACGAGGUGAUGCCUCCACCCAUUCCCCACCCACCAUCAGAGAGGAUGUCCUUCCCUAAAGGUCUUCCGUGGGCUCCCAAAGUCAGAGAAAAAGAUAUAGAGAGUUUUCUGGAGUCAAGUAGAAGUAAAUUCAUCGGUUACACUCUCGGCAGUGAUACUGACACAGUGGUUGGGUUGCCCAGACCCAUUCACGAGAGCAUCAAGACACUAAAGCAGCAUAAGUAUAUUUCCAUAGCAGAAAUCCAGAUUGCAAAGGAGGAGGAAUACCAGAAAACUCCCCUCUCUGUUGGAGAAGAAGAAGUGGAGAUGUGCUCCACUGAGCUUCUCUAUCAGGGAAUCCUGCCCAGUUUGCCUCAAUACAUGAUUGCACUGCUGAAGAUCCUUCUGGCUGCUGCUCCCACAUCUAAAGCCAAAACGGACUCCAUUAACAUCCUAGCAGACGUGCUGCCAGAGGAGAUGCCGACGACGGUCCUACAGAGCAUGAAGCUGGGUGUCGACGUCAACCGGCACAAAGAAAUCAUUGUUAAAGCCAUUUCUGCCAUCCUUCUGCUGCUGCUGAAGCACUUCAAGCUGAACCACAUCUACCAGUUUGAGUACAUGGCUCAGCACCUGGUGUUUGCCAACUGUAUCCCACUCAUCCUGAAGUUUUUCAACCAGAACAUAAUGUCUUACAUCACAGCUAAGAACAGCAUCUCUGUACUUGAUUUCCCCCACUGCGUGGUGCAUGAGCUCCCUGAGCUGACCGCAGAGAGUUUGGAAGCUGGAGACAACACUCAGUUCUGCUGGAGGAAUCUGUUCUCGUGUAUCAACCUGCUGAGGAUCCUGAACAAACUGACCAAAUGGAAACACUCCAGAACCAUGAUGCUGGUCGUGUUUAAGUCAGCUCCCAUCCUGAAGAGGGCGCUGAAGGUGAAGCAGGCCAUGAUGCAGCUCUAUGUCCUCAAGCUGCUCAAAGUUCAGACCAAAUACUUAGGCCGGCAGUGGAGGAAGAGCAACAUGAAAACCAUGUCUGCUAUUUAUCAGAAAGUCCGACACAGACUCAACGACGACUGGGCGUAUGGAAACGACCUGGACGCUCGUCCCUGGGACUUCCAGGCUGAGGAGUGCGCUCUCCGCGCCAGCAUCGAACGCUUCAACAGUCGCCGCUACGACAAGAGCCACAGCAAUCCUGACUUCCUGCCGGUGGACAACUGCCUGCAGAGCGUCCUGGGACAGCGGGUGGACCUGCCCGAGGACUUUCAAAUGAACUAUGACCUCUGGCUGGAGCGCGAGGUCUUCUCCAAACCCAUUUCAUGGGAGGAACUUCUGCAGUGAGAUUCAGACACUUUAUUAUUACAAUUAUAAUUGUUGUUGUUAUUUUUUUCUCCUUUUUAAGAAGCUGUUUCCUGUGGGAGCUGAUAAAAACAAAACUCUGAUCAAUCAGCAUUAUGUUACAGGUUCUAAUAGAUGGUUUUCCUCUCAGAAGCUGAUUUAUUUAAUCAGUUUGGAGGAUCCAACCAAACGUCUUCAGACACUUUAUCUGUUAGACAUUCAUUAAUGUCAUGAAUGUCCAAAAGGGGAAAAUGUAUAAAGAUCCUCUUUUUAUACCAAGGCUCUUCUGUAAUCCCCCCCCCCGUAACAAAAGCAGGGGAUGUGGUUUGAUCUGCGUGCCUCGUAUCCAUCGCAGACAGCAGGUCAGUAAUCCAGAUGGAAGUACUACUUGAUGGUUUUGUUUACUUUCAGUUUUAAUUGUAACUAUUUGUAGUGAUUUUUAUAUCUUAACUCUUAAAAAGAUGAGACUGGGUUUCAUCCUGUGAUGUAACCUCCUCAGGAAGGGUGUUAGUGGUCAGUAGCGGUGGAAACCUCUUAACUUCAUUAUGGUUGUCCGAGUUUCUUCUCUCCUGCCUUGGCUCUGGGACCGCGGAGACCUUCAUGUGGACCUUCUGACCUACAGACCAACGGUGCUUGUUUGCCUUGGAGUGAAGGAGGAACAAGUUUACAUUUGUAGUUUCUGAUUUCACUCAUCAGUUCUGAACUUCAGCAGAUAACAUCAUCUAAAGACGAGUUACAAAACAAGUUUCCUCUUCAUCCCCCUUGUGGGUUUAUUUGUUUUUAUUUGGAAAGUUAAGAAAAUUUAAACACGUGUAAAUUGUUAAACCUAUUUAUCAUGGCUUUUUGUUUUUCAUCGACCUAAUUACUAUAAUAAAAUUAUACUGUCUUGGGAUUGUUGUUGUUUUGCUCGGCUACGUCAGAUUUAAUGAGGUUUAUGUUUAUGGCAUCAGUGUAAGCAAACCUGCAGCAGAACAGGAUGUACGAAUCUAGAGGAAAUGUCAGAUAUUUAUACCUGAAGAGUAAAGCAUCUGCAGUACCUGAACUAAAUAAAACUUGAUACACCCGUUUCCA